AUGAGGGAACGACGGCGGGAGAGGGGGCACCGCUAUCUUCCUGUCCCUGGAUUUCGCACCCCCACUCAGACUGUGAACCAAACAAGUGCUGCUGGCAAAGAUGCAGCAGCGGCGGUUUUGAAGUCAGAAGGCAUAACUGUGGAAGUGUCUGACUUGUAUGCCGUGAAGUUCAAAGCUACUGCCACAGCUGAAGACAUCACCGGUGAAGUGAAUAACUUCCUCUAUGCGGAGGAGACCAAAGCAGGCCAGCUGUGUGCAGAUAUCUCUGAGGAACAGUGUAAAGUCGAAGAAGCAGAUCUUAUCAUCUUUCAGUUCCCCAUGUACUGGUUUUCUGUGGCUGCCAUCCUGAAAGGCUGGUUUGACCGGGUGCUCACCCUGGGCUUUGCCUACACACAAGAGAAGCACUAUAGUCGAGGGAUCUUUGUGAGUAGGGUCCUGCCUUACUGUGGCUUACGGAUCUUGGCCCCUCAGAUUUUCUGGGCCCCAGCGUCUGCCUCCCCAGACAGCCUACAGUGUUCGUCUGCAGGGUCCGUCUGCACUCACAUUCCCUCCAAUGUGCUGCUUUGA